UUUUCUCUUUUCUCUCCCCCUCUCUCUCUCUCUCUUCCUCUUCUCUGUCGCAAGAAAUACGUUUAAUUCUUGUUUCAAACACAAAACCCAAACAUCACUGACACAACAAAAUCACCAAAUUCAUUUUUUUUUUUCAGGGAAAUCAAAUUCAGAUUCAAUCCCACUAAAACAUGCGUAUACAUGGCGAUGUAAUCCCAACCCUACAAACCCUAAUCUUAGAAUCCCCAAAUCUUCAAAUCCAAAACUCCAUCGAAGCACCUGUGGAAGCUCGACCAAAACGAAGUCGAACCAGAGGGAUUCAUGAUCUGGGUUGCGAGGGGGCGCAAAGGGGAGGGUGCAAGUUGGGGCUGCAAUGAGAUCUGGCUUCGCGUGCGGAUGAGGGCGACAUGGCAUGGGCUGCACGGCUGUGGGGGUGGCAGGGGCUGGGUCGUAGAAGGGCGGGGUCGGAAGGCAUUGGAGGGGCGGCGGCCGACGAGGCUUAGGUUAGAUCUGUAAUUUCACGACUUCCUAGCCGCAAAGAGUCCCAUCGAUGAUCGAAUUGGAAAUGUAACGCGACGGCAGUUCGAACCCUCAAAACCCCUCUUCUUCGGACACAAAUACAAUAAUAAUGUCUGAUGAUAUAGUUUAGUCACCGACCCAAAUAUCUGAACGGAGCGCGCGUUUCCUUCGCUCUCUUUGUGGCCAUGGCCGCGGUAGAGCAGCCUCCAAAGAAGCGGAGGCUAUACGAAGCAGUCCAGCAAGAACCAGAGCCAGAACCAGCGCCGCCACAAACCCUAGUCACACCGCAAAACGCCGCCGUUUCGCCUCCGCCGUCGCAGGAGGAAAUUCUCAAGAAGCGGAGGAAUAGGGAGGAGAUUCGGAGCGUCUACGACUGCUACAAGCGAAUUAAGUUUUGCCUCUCGCAGAAGAAGGAGUCUUUUAUCGCUCCCGACCUAGAACAGGCUUAUCUCUCCCUCAUCACUGCUUCUAGAGGUUCUACAAGCGUACAGCGCAUUGUGGCUGACCUGAUUCCUCGAUAUGCAUCAUACUGUCCAACUGCUCUUGAAGCUGCGGCUAAUGUUGUCAUCAACAUGCAUAAUUGGAGCUUGGCCAUGAUAAAUAGCGGAGAGGAUGCUGAAAGUAUUGCGUUUCAGACUGCUAGAUCCUGUAUUCUUGGCCUCUCUGAUAUUUGUUGCGCGGCUUGUUCAGAAGCACCAACAUCGUCUGUGAUCCAGGGAAUUUGCUCUGAAGUUUUGCAGAACGCUCUCGCCUUUUUCAUAUCCUCCAUUGAGGAGAAGGACAUCUUUCAGUUUUUUGGAAAAGAAAUUGUACAAAUACAAGAUUCUGCUGAUAAAUUUAAUGAGCUGAAACAAAAAUUUUCAGAUGAAAAUGAAUCUCCGCUUAUUGUACUAUUCAAAUUACGUGUUCUUAGUCUGUUUAGGAUUUUCUUUCGUUAUCCAAAAAAUUUGCUUGCUGCUUGUUUUGAUCUGUUCAACACUACUGCAUCAGAGGGAGUUCAAAAAGGACUUUAUUUUCUAAGCCAGUUGACAAGAAAGCUCGAUCUUGAUGAGACCCCUCCAUUUGAAAAUACUAGUAGUGAGCAUAGACCGAGUACAAGUUCCAUUGAAACACUCACCGGAGGCAAUAAAGCCAUUGGUGAGGAGCUUGUAUCAGAUGGCAACAAUGUUUCUCCAGACGCAUCGUCGGUUACAGACAACUGCUUCUUGGCACAGGUUCUUGGCAAAGAUCCAUCCUUUCGAAGUUGGAUAUUCUCAAUGUAUAAUAAGAUAUCUAAAGUGUCAUCUUCCAAAGCCUUUUCAGAGUUAAAAUCUGUCAUGAAAGGUAUUGUUGAAUCAUUUGCGGAAAUAUCAGGUGUUGAAAACAAUCGAGUAGACAGUCAUGUUCGAGAUUUUGAUUUGUCUGAAUCUUUCAGCCGAUCGAAUUUGGUUCCUGGUAUCUCUUAUCAGCAUGAAACUUCUAGUGAAAUGUCUGGUGUAGAUACUAAUACAAGAGUCCGUCGUCAAUCCAGUGAUGUUAUUGUUGCUGAAAUUGAUUCAGUCCAAUAUUCGAGUUCUCGCAAUGGAGCUAAUGCCCACUUAAUAUCUGGCAAUCAAGAUAGUAGUGCUGUGAGGCCCAUGGACUUUGGAACCGCAGAGCCUGGAGACAUCAAGCAUGGAAAGUCGUCUAUGUCCAGGGAUCCAAUGAUUCACCGAAUGGUUUCACCUGUCAAAAGGACGCCAUCAGAAUUCCGGACUAACUCAUUUGAUGGUAGAAACCUUGCUGUCAAUGUUGACAAUAACCAAGUUACAAAAAUGGACUUUUGGUCGCCCACUCUGAGAUCUAGUGGAGGUGCAAGCAAUCCUUUUGCGUCUCCUAAAAACCAUUUGGGCACCGCUCCUCAAAUUGUUUGGUAUUCUGAUGGAGAACCUGCAGCCAUGGAUGUUUUCUCUGCUUCCAGACAGCUCUGGGUGGGCCUUUUAGGACCCAACAUUUCUGAAGCUCAUCUAAGAUUUGAACUCGAAAGGUUUGGUCCAAUUGAACAAUUCUUUUCCUUCCCGAUGAAAGGGUUUUGUGUGGUUGAAUAUAGGAACACUUUUGAUGCUAUAAAGGCUCGGGAUUAUCUGCGUAGACAUUUCCAAUGUCGCAUAAAGUUUAUGGAUACAGGGUUGGGUACUAGGGGUGUUAUGAAUGGUGUUGCUGUUGGUUCUAGUUGUCAAGUUUAUAUUGGAAAUGUUUCAAGUCAGUGGGCAAAGGAUGAAAUUCUGCAUGAGUCAAGAAAAGUGCUUUACAGGGGUCCUUCCAUGGUUACUGAUCUUAAGAAUGAAUGUGCAUUGCUAAUGGAACUUGAAACUCCUGAAGAAGCUGCUGCUGUAAUGGCACAUCUGAGACAGCAUCGUAAGGAAAGAAGUAAUCCUCCACAACCUCUUAACGGGGGACAAACUAAUGUUCCACUCUGUCAUAUGGAUGGUGCAAGAUCUGCACCUACUCCUACACAUGUUGAUGUCGGAAACAACCAUGGAAACAUGUGUAACAGUCAACAGAGAAUGCACGUUUCUGCACCUUUCUCAGUGAGACCUGAAAGCCACUACAUGGAGCUUGUAUCUCCUAGAUUAACAUCAGAGAAUCAUGGGACUGCAGCACAAGGUGGACAUCCAGUCAACAGAGCGGUGUCUGUUAGUAAUGAGAUGUCUGAAGUAGGUUCCAGAAAAAUUGAUGGUAGUGACGUGAACAUGGUAGUGGAUCCUUCACAUGGAGGUAGCCAUGUUGUUUCUGGUGCAAUGGAACAGAAGUGGAUGUAUACAAAACCUGAAAUGGAGCUGCAUCCUGCACCAGGGAGCGUUCCAAGCAUUCAUGUGGCAACACAAGGACCUCCCGUACCCCCUCCGCCACAUAUUCAGUCAUCUCCCUUUAUGCGACCCUCCUACCUUCCUCCGAAUAGUUCUUGGGAUUCACGGGGUUUGCAUCACAAUUUUCCGUUGAACCCGAUCUCGCCAGUUGCAGUGCCUAAUAAUGUGCAUGGUAAUGCUCUUGCAGCUCCUUUUGUGCCAGCCUCUGUCACUCCACUUUCGCAAAUACAGGGAACUCCAAUGCAGCAUUUUGACCCGACAUUUUCGUUGCCCAUGGUACCGCCACCACUCCCACCACCACCAUUAACGUCUUUGCCCCCUCCUCCCCCAGAGAUACCACCUCCUUUGCCUCCAUCUCCACCACCUUUGCCUCAAGUUCCUCCUCCACCUAGUUCUCCACCUCCACCUCCACCCCCACCUGUUGCAGAAUCACUCCAAGUGGAAAGUUCAGGACAGUGUCCACAGUACCAGUGGCAAGGACAAUUAUGUAAAAGUGGGGUUCAUUAUUGCACAAUUUAUGCUCUGAGAGUUGAUUCAGAUGUUUUCAAGUAUUCCAAUGCCAUGUCCGAACCUACAGAAUGGCCAGCCAAAUUAGAUAUGACCAAACGGACAGACUUUCGGCAUGUGCAGUCGACAUUUACUAACACUCCACCGCAUAAAAGGGAAAUAUGCAGACUCUUCCCAUCUUCUCCCAACGACCAUAAAGGAUUUCAGGAUUUCAUAUCAUACUUGAAGCAGAGAGAAUGUGCCGGCGUGAUAAAGAUUCCAGCUUCGAAAUCGAUUUGGGCAAGGCUGCUCUUCAUCCUUCCUUACUCACUUGAUGUGUGCUCUAUGCUCUCAAUUCCACCUAGUACAACACCAGAUUGUCUCGUUGCUUUGCUUUUGCCCAAAGAAACAAAUUUUGAAUGGGUAUAAUACCGUGACAAAUUAAAAUUUGAGCGCGUUCUUGAGGCCUAAAUUUCUUGUUUUGUACUCUAGCGCAUUGCAAUUUUGACAGUCCGUUGUAAUACGCGGGCUUUUGUUUAGGUAUGGGCACAUAAGUGGUCAAGUGCUGAAUUUUGUUGUGUAUAUAUAUAAGGGUUAAUUUCAAUAAUAACACUCCUGAGAAAAUGAUUAUUAAUUUUA